UUAGAUUAUAAUAUAAUAUACAUUUUUUUUAUUCUCAUUGGAAAACAUUUUAUUAAACAACUUUUUUUAAUUAUAAAUUAUAAUUUUAUUGUGUCUACUAUACUAAAAACACAAUUUUUUUCAGUGCUAGAAUCCUGGGACCGAUAUCCAGUCGGCUUACUUGCGGGGAACAUAUAUCAAAUGGGAGUCUAUGACGAAUGUGUGGACAUACGUUAUCCAGUGAAAGGACAGUGUUGUUUGUCUAAAAUAAAAUUAAUACCACCAGCAGGAAGAGAUUAUAGCUUCAACAGAACGGAAGAUAUAGACGAUUUCGGUCACAGCCAUGCAUGGAAAACCAUACUCGGGUGGGCCGAUUACCAGGACCAAGUACAACGAAAUAUUUUGAAUUUGGGAAUAUGCAUACCGGACGCUUGUUCGGCGUUGGACCUACAGACAUCUCUACAAAGCGAAUUUGACGAGGCGUUUUCUCCUGAACAGUUCAAAACCGUCGUCAGAGUAGAUCCGAUUAAGUGCAGAGUCCGCGAAGAUAAGUAUCCCUACGACACACCGUAUUACAUGUAAUGCAAUGUAAUUAUUAUAACGCCAUCAUUACAAUUGUACAACAGAACUAUUAGAGUACCUAACUUUAAUUUAUUAUAAUCAGGCAUUAUAAAUUAUGCACAUUGAUUUUUAAAAUUUCAAAACUAUAGGUAUACAUAGCUAGGGAGCGCAUGAA